AUGACGAGCAUGCGUGGCUCAGGGAGUGCGAGGCGAUCGGCAAUGCGCUGUGUCCCUCAGACAAAACGGAUCACUGAUCACGGAAAGAGCUGAAGAUUUCGGCUCGGUCAUGUGAUCAGCUGUGUCCAAUCACAGCUGAUCACAUGGGACAUGUACACUGAUCAUCAGGGCACUGGUGAUCAGUGUGCCCUGAUGAUCAGUGUAGCCCCAGCAGUGCCACCUAUCAGUGUCCAUCAGUGCCCUUGUCAGUGCCUCAUGCCUGUACCCAUCAGUGCCACAUCAAUGCCACAUAUCAGUGCCUACCAGUGCACAUCAAUGCCACAUAUCAGUGCCCAUCUGAGCUGCCUUUCAGUGUCACCCAUCAGUGCCAGUCAGUGCCACCUAUCAGUG